AACGUCAGCUUUCUCGACCCCGAUAGGACCUGAGCGUUUCCUUGCGGUGUUGUUACAGCACGAUAAAGGAAGUGCUCACGAAGGGUUUCGUCAAGCUGAGGGUUUACUAGGGGGGUAUAAUCUAAAGAGGUAGAGGCGUAUGAUUUUUACAGGUAUUUUGUGGGGUCAUUGUAAGUUAAGAGGCCACUUGCAUAAGCUGGGAAUCUUGUCAAGAAAUCUAUUUAUGUCGCUUUUGUGACUCCGCGAAAGGGACACCAUUGCAUCUCUACUUGGAGUGUGAAACCAUUUCACGGAGAAGGAAGAGAUGCAUAGGACAUCUAUGGCUAAGAGAAGUACAUACACACUCACUACCGACGGGAUCUAUUCCUAAAAUGUAUAGUCUUUAGGACUCGAUGCAAUGUUGUGCUCGGCUGAGGGCGCAAUAGGCCUACUGGUCGCGGUACUUUUCCUAUUUUUUUUUCCAUCUAUCUAAAGAAACAUCAAAGCCGCGCACGAAAUCUGCGUUGUAAGUUUGUAAGCAAUACUUGGGGGUCAUGGGGAAUAAAUCGAAGUUCAUGGGUUUUAAAGCUUUCAUUUUGAUGGCUCCACGGUUUACGAAAUUUUGAAGCUUUUUUGACUGGAAAACUUGGAAUUGAAUGUCAACAAGUAUAAAGGACAUCCUUUCCGCAACUGUCGCAUAAGUCUUGAGCCGGUUUCUUAAAUGAAUAUACUGUCAAAAUACUCGUAGUACUUCAAAUUGCACCACAGGAGCUGUACAAGCGAGAAUAACCAGGCACAGUUCAAACAUUUUUGGAUGUCCACUGCAAUCUUUCAAGCUAAGACAUUUUAGUAGAACAGGCGAAAAGUGAACGACAUCAGGCGCCACUCUCUCUGAUAACAAAACGACCAUCAACCAAUAGAGAGCGUGGAAAGUGAAUAUAUGUAUGUAUUUCCAUGCAUACAUAUGUAGCUAAUUCUUUUCUUUUAAAACGACAUUUUUUAAGAACGUCCAAAUAUGGAUUAUAGAUAUUUUCUGAUUGCAUUCAUCUUGAAUGUUAAUCCCACACUAUCGGAUAGUGGUGAUGCUUCCAUCAUUACGCAGACUGUUUAUGGCUUUUUGGAUUUUACAACAACGAUAGGCAAUACAGUAAUGGUAUUUUCGCCACAAAGUGCUCCAUCAAUUGAUAAAAUUGACAUACCUACUAAUAUUAUCGAAACUAAGCCUUUUAUUGCAAAACCGUCGGAAGACGAAAGUAUUAAGCCUACGAAAGCAACGAACUCCGUUAAGAUACCGACUAGCAAACCGUUGGAGAAAAAGAACUUAAAAUCCAAUAUUGUUGAGGCUCAAAAGAAUAAAAACAACAAUAAUAGUAUUAUUAAUAAAGUUACAGCGAGUAGCUCAGUAGUUGUUGCUGCACAAACGCCACAAACGCCACAAACGCCACCAACACCAACUGAACCCGUCGAUGAGACACCAACUCUUCAAAUAGAAAACAAUGUCUACGAAUAUGAUUUGCUCUCACGCCAACCAGCCGAAUAUGCCGAAGAAACCUAUCGUGUUAUAAACAACAAAGCUUCAGAUAAACCGCGAAACAGACACAACCAGCGGCGGACCCAUGACAUAUCAUCCGAAGCCACUGUGGCGCAUGAAACACCAGCAAAUAGAUUAAAAGCUAGUCAGGCACCGGAAAAUAAACCACACUCGCCUGUCGCUGCACCUAAAGGAAAAAAACCGAAAAUAAGAUCAACAGCACCGCUGCGCGUACUGAAGACUACAUCACCUACGUUACCUAAGUCAAGUAAUAGCCCUCAAGAACAGAAAAAUAAUCGGCUAUCCGGAUCGAAUAGUAGGCAGAAUGGCAAGAGCAAUCGCAACCAUGGAAACGAGCAUGAACAUGUAUCUAUAACCGAAUCUGUGGUUGAAACGUCACAAGUUAGCCAAAGUCAUAAAAAAAAUUCGCCACGGAGUAAGCCUAAAAGGAAAAGCAAAAAUAAUAGGUCAUCAGCUGCGCACAAAAGUGGUGCAAUUAUUUUGGCAUCCUCAGCCGAACCGGCACGCAAGACAUUCCGCUCAAAAGUGAGACCCUCAAAUGUAGAAACACAAGUUUCGACAAGCGUUUACAUGUUCAAAUUGAAUCGUACGCCCGGCAGAUGGCAGUACACAACAACACCAAAACCGAGAAUAUCAAUACGAAAGAGUACCGAAGGGAAUACCACCAAAGUCGUAGAUGCUUUUGCUGGCAAUCCCAGCUUAAAUAUAAUAUCAGAAAAUUCUGAUUUGGAGUCUUCUGGUUCGCAAAAUGGUGCUGUCGUCAAUAAUAUUGAUCAAGGUGGCAAUUAUCAGGAUCUCGUGGAGACCUUGAAUGUGGAAAUUUCAACGCCAGCCGACUUCAAGGAUACUUACUAUGAGUUGGCGACUAUCAAAACGCCAUACGCUUUUCAGGUCGGUGGUUUGAAAAAGACCCGCUUCAUAACUGUCACUUCAACAAUAGAGAAGACGUUAACGCCCGAUCCAACUGAAGUACAAAUACUAGAUGGACCUCUAACCGAAAACAUUUUAGCAACGUCAACACCAGAGCCGAACUUUAUGCGCGACCCUAGCGUCACAACUCUCAAAGCUUUACACAUUUCAGAGAAUACAGAAACACCGAGUUUGGAAACGGUGGUCGACUCGUUUAGCACAACCUUGAAGAAGUUACGCACGCAAGUUUUACCCAUUGUAUAUGAUGUCAACAAUGAGACAUCGUAUAUAACACUCAGACAAACCUAUGACAUCACAAGUCUUCUAACAGUGACGAAAACACUGUCACCUUUGGAGACGGAUAUACCGUUGAGGAGCUUUACCGAUUUUGGUGCUAAUCUAGAUGAGGCUGGCUCGGAAAUAAAUCUAGAAUUAGAGUUUGGCGAUGAGGAUAAUACAGAAAGUUCCAAAGAUGAUAAGCCAACUCGGGUCAAAUUAUCAGAUAUAGCUGAUCUCUUCGGCAAAUCGUCAAACCUUACUGCCGAGGAAAUUCAAAGGAUAGCGCUUUGGAAAUUGCAAAGUUCACAACAACAACUUCCCUCACUGAAUAUGCCCAGCAUUCCAGCGUUUACACCUGAGAGCACACUACCAUUCCCCUCCAUUGCGCCCUCUAUUAAUCCUUUCCUGUUGCCAUUGCAGCAAUUCCAGACGGUAACUUCGAGUUUUGUCCACGAAACGAUUGCCACUCAAACAAAUAGUAAAGUUUUAAAAUUAACCUUUGGCGCACGAACGGCCUACACCACAAUUUUCUCGAGCGCAGUUGUGCCGACGCGUGCCACCAGUUAUAUCACCACAACCAUUCCAGUUCAAGCGACACCACCCGCAUUUCCCGGAUACUUUCCACCACCGUAUCCCCAAUAUUAUCUCGGAUAAGUUUAGAGAUACAAUUGCUAGCGGGAUUCGUGGGCCCGUUUGUAUUGUUGUAUGUAUGUAUAUAGUGUUAGCAUCAUUAUUUUGUUUUCAUUUGGUCCCUUAUAAAAAUCCUAUUAAAUACUCGUUCAUUCCUUCACAAACAAAUCGAAUUUAGAAAAUAUGAGAUUAUUUGUAUAAAAAAAAAUUUUGCGUAGAUAUGUAUUUCAUAAUAAAAAUUACAUCAAUUCGUUUCAUAAUAAAAAUUCAUCCUUGCGUGUAAAAGAGCGCGCGGGAGUUUUAAAUUUUUA